UACAGAUUUUUGUUUUUUGAAUAUGUGAUUUAAAAUAAAUGUUCUAUAUUUAUUUUUACGUUAUUUAAAAAAAAUAUUGCAAAUUUAAUUUACAAAUUAAUAUAGUAUUAGUACUUUGUAGUACAUUCUCUCCUCGACAUUUUAUGUGUAUCAAGAGAAACUUUGUUGGAAUCAACAUAGUAUUUCUAAUAUUUUGGUAAUCCGCGAUGCAACGUAAAUACGAUUUAUUAAUUUUUUUACAAAUACAUAUAAUAAAAUAAAAAGAAUAUUGUUUUUUAUUGUACGGUGUACCGUAAUUCUAUACCGUCCCGGAUUGUAGGAACGGUAUAGAAUUAACAAGUAGGAAAUCAUUUUGUUCCUUUUUUUUUUUAUUAAUAUCAAAGCUCAAAUACAUAGCUACAAACAGGAAAUUGCGUUUUAAAUUGCCGUUAUUUAAAAAAAAUGUUUUAUAGUUUUUUCCUAAAAAAAAAACGUUUUUAAUAUGCUAUGUAAUUUUUGAGAAAAAAGUUGGCGAGUAGAUCGAUAAGGCGAAGUUAACGUACGUUUUUAUUAGACAUUUAUCAGACGCUUUCAUUAGGCGGCCUCUAUGACUAGGCAUGGCGUCAUCUGGGGGGGGGGCAGACGGGGGCAUCUGCCCUACCCUUGAUUUUUAUGGGCUUGUCAAAGUUUUGGUACGUAAGGCCGUAAAUGGCUGAACUGACUACCGAGUAUACCAGGGGGUGGCUAUAGUAGUUUUAAUGUGCUGCAAAAAGUGGUAGUCAGUCUGCCAAGAUAGAAGAAAAUAAUUAUCGUUCAAUAAAUCGUGGUGAUGAGAUAUCAAUGAUAACAGUAUUUUGAAAAAAUAUUGUUUUUAAAUUCGAUAAAAUAUAUUAAAUUUAUUAUUAUUAAUUUGUAUAUAAGUUAUAUACGUUUUAGCUAUUUAUUUGUAUUAAUUAACAACAAUGCCUAGAUGUUUUAUUUGUUCAACAAUAAAGACUUUUUUUUUCCUUUAUGUAGUCAUACUGGUUUUAGUCCUACUUUUUACUUCGCUCUUGCGUACAAGCUAGUAUAUGUUAGUUUAUCUUUUUAUAUUAUUAUUCUAUUUAAAGUAUACACAUAAUAAAUAUGAAGGUUUAUAAUAUUUGUGUUAUUACUUACUUAGCUCAUAACUUAUUUUGUUUUAAGUUUGUAAAUUUGUUUCACAAAAAUAAUAACAAAUUAUUAAAACAACUAGGUACCAAUAUACAGUGUUCCAAAUCACCCAAAAUCUUCUAUUUGACCCAGGUUGAUGAUACUCUGCAUAUCCUGUGCACACGCUGAUGAUUUGAAAUAAGAUACUCUUGUAUAAUUAAUGUUUAACUUCAUAACAAUAUUAUUGCGCAUUAAGCCAGUUUUGUAUCCCCACUUGUACUGCGUCAAGGUUUCUAUUUCUAGAAUAUUUUACUAAAUUGUAUUCGUGACUAAAACAAACGCAUGUAUUAAUGUAAUUAUGGCUAAACAAAUUAUAUCGGUAACUAAAUUUUAAAUAAUUUAAAUUGUAUUUCUUUAUUUUCUUGCCUUGUCUCGUACAAAUGCGGUCUGCCAACUGCAAAUCACAUUUCUUAGUAUAUCACAAUAUCUAUUCCUCACAACUCCAUGCCUUUAUUUUAAGUACUUAGCUUCACAAUGGAACUCACAAGAGUGUCAGGAUAGACUAUUAGACUUCCGUUUUUGAACAUUAUUUUAAUUUAAAGACACGUAAAUAACACUCCUCUCAGACUAGUCGUAUGCACAAUAUUUGAUUUGAUGCUACUGACCAAAAUACUGAUAACUCAAAAUAUAUGAUUGAACAAAUAACUAAUCGGUGAUUUUCACAAGUCGAUAACACCAAUUCAGUUUGAAAAACAUUAAAAUCGAUUGUCAGAUAAUUAUUUUCAUGACUAAUUUAACGUCUAAAGUAUCCCAUUACUAAAGUAUCUAUUAUUGAGUUGCAUAACACUAUUAAUAAUAAUUAACAUUUUGAUUUAUCUUUUAUUAUUGAUUAUCGCCGGACAAACCAAUACUUAUCAACAUAAUCAGUUUUGACUUCGAAGCUUAGAUGUCAUUAAAUAAAUUACAUUGUAUACAUUGGUGGUUGUAUUUUCACAUGACAAUUCAUAGUUUUAUUAAUCAUGUGGGGAUGCAGGCAAAAUGUUGCCCGGCCGAUGACCAAUGGACGGCGGUCGGUAGUUGCGGUGUCGUAUAUAUGAAACGCGUAUUGCCUAUAGUCGAAUGCUUAUGAAAAUGUCCCCUGGUAGGAAGCUACCAAUUUGUGCACUUUUAUUGUUUUAUCCAUGAUAUUUAUUGUUUUUUCUAUGAUUUAUCAUAUAUACAUGACGGUGUUAUCAUCACUUAACCUAACAUUUUAAUACAUAUCAUGGAAAAAUGACGUAUCAUUUUUACUUUUUAUGAAAUUGUACACAAAAUGGUUGCCUCCCAGGUGGGGACAUUUUUCGAUCUGAAUAUGCGUUCCAUAUAUUGAGUUCAGUGCUUUGAAGUUUGAUCACAUGGUAGAUAGGUAUAGGUACACCCGCCAUAGGUAUAUUAGUCCUCGAGAUAAAAAAAUGUUUACGGCGUGUUUCCCUAAUUUCAGCUUUUGAUCGAACUUUUGAAUGUUAUCUUAAAUAGAACUACACAUCUUAAAUCAAAGCGUAUCGCAAAAGUUCAUGACCUAAAAACAUAUUUGAAUUAUUAUUUCGUAUCGAAUUUCAGCCCAUACUGACUGCAUAGCCGAAAAGUCCGAUCUCUACUUACCAUAACAUGUUGCCAAAAAAUAAUUCAAUUAUUAGUAUUUUCCUGGUUGUUAUGGAGUUGAAAUUUAUAAAUCUGUCGAAAGGAGUCGAGGGUUCGGCCUAUAGAGUGUGAGGUUAAAUUUACGAUUAUGUUUGAGAUUGAGUUGUUUGUAAGUAUACUUGCUGAUGGCGAAAUUUGGAAAAAACGACAGACAAGUUGUCGAUUUUUCUUGAUUCGGGAAAACAUUUUCGUUAUAGACACUUGUCAUAUUUAUUGGAUUGCGUGUUACGAGGCACCCUGUAUGAUAGAUUUCUGUGGCUAGUACACAAUAUAUUUUAAUCAGUUGUGUGCAAUUAUUGAAUUGGAUUUUUCUCUGUAAUGACCGUUUAAAAUCGACGAUUAGUCUGAUUAUUGGAUUGACACUUACAGGCUUGCAAUCGCUUCAUUUAUGCAUUUCUAGAUGAUAAUUUUGUAUAGCAUUUGGCUUAGUUCGUAGCAGAGAGUAUUUGUCUAAUGACAAACUAUCCGAUGCAGAGCAGAAUUUCACAGUGUAUGUGGAAGUAAUAAUUUUUUUUUGUUCUUCGAACACCGAUUUUUUUUUUGUUUCACAAACCGUGCGUAACCCUAAAACACUACUACGCUGAUUUUUAAUCGAACUGUAUCAUCGUUUAAACUAUUGCGAACGCUGUGCAAUUUAAUUACGAUGUUCUCGUGUUUCAGACAAUUAAAACACCAAACCGCCUGGCUGUCUCCGCAGAUAUAAUUAAUACAUUUUUUUACUGAAUUCUCACAAUAAAAAUGUUUUUAAAGACAUCAACUCGUCCGCUAAAUUGACGAUUUCACCGUCGUCGUAGGUUGUGAAAACGAUUAACUUGCAUUUAUUUAUUUUCAUAGCGCGUUAAAAAAUAGUUGUAGGUUUUUUUGCCACUAGGCUUUUGUUUGUAGAGAUCAGAAUGUCACUUACAUUGUUUUAUGGGUUUAUUUCUAACGUUUCUACUUCCGUCCAGUUGCUGCCAUCCAGCUACCUUUAACUUACUCGAAUUAAAAUUAUUAUUUUAAACAAGUAUUCUAUAAAUAAUAAACCAAACUAUGGAAGAGUCCGUGAGUUGUAUUGACGAAUCGAUUAGCACAAAAAACAACUUCUCAGUCAAACCGAGGAUGAGAAAAGACAAGUUAAAUAUUGCAAUAUUGUUGUUGUUGUACACUUUGCAAGGAGUUCCCAUGGGUUUCUCGUUGGCCAUACCAAUACUAUUACAAAACUCGCACUCUUUAUCCUUUACCGAUCAAGCUAAAUUCAGCGUCGUAGUUUGGCCAUACAGCAUGAAACUGUUGUGGGCACCAAUAAUCGAUUCGAUUUUUUUACCUAAAUUAGGUCGGCGAAAAUCAUGGCUAAUUCCCAUACAAUAUUUAUUAGGUGUUUCACUUAUCGCUUUGGGCUUCAAUAUCAACCAAUGGGUGGUCAAUACAAACAAACCAGAAAUAUUCAUGUUAGCUGCUAUGGUUUUUUGUUUAAAUUUUCUUGCAGCUACUCAGGACAUUGUGGUCGAUGGAUGGGCGUUGUCAAUGUUAAGAAAAGAAAAUAUUGGAUAUGCUUCAAUGUGUAAUGGUGCGGGCCAAGCAUUCGGCAUAUUUAUGGGUUACGUCUUGCUAAUUAUGUUGGAGUCCGAGAAGUUUUGCAACAAAUGGUUACGUUUGACUCCACAGCCAGGAGGCAUAAUUACGUUGCAGGGAUAUUGUUACUUUUGGGGAUGCGCGUUUAUAAUAGUCACUUCUUUGGUGGCUAUUUUUAAAAGUGAAAAAGAUUGGAAGAACAUAUUAAAUUGUAAUCAGUAUUACAACAUAGGGGAAACGUACCAGUUGCUUUUAAAUAUAAUGAAAUUACCGAAUAUAAGACUGUUUGCUGUUAUUUUAAUUACAAUAAAAGUAAGUUUUAGCUCUGUUGAUGCUGCAUUUAACUUGAAGUUAAUCGAUGGAGGAGUUUCUAAAGAUGAUAUAGCAGCAAUUGAGCUAUUAUUAAUGCCUAUUCGCAUAAUUUUACCAUUUCUUAUAACCAAGUUUACUUCAGCUUCUAGACCGUUGGACAAUUAUCUAAAUACAAUGCUACUUCGAUUGUUGGUUGGUGCAGCUAGCGUGGGCAUCAUUUACAUUACUCCGUACUUUACGAUGCAUUAUUCAAAUUACAUUUUGAUUUAUAAAAUUACUUUAGUCAUUGUUUAUUUUUUACACGAGUUGGUGGUAUGUGUUAUGACUUUAAAUGCAAUGGCUUUUUACGCACGUGUUAGCGAUCCAAAAAUUGGAGGUACGAAUAUGACAUUAUUGAAUACCAUUGGAAAUUUAGGAACUUCAUGGACCAAAACUGGUGCUUUAUGGUUGAUUGAUGUAUUUACUUACAAGCAAUGCACAAGUGAUAAUGCCAAUAAGUGUUUAUAUAAAUAUGAUACCAAUAUUUGUAACAAGUCUGGUGGAACUUGUAGCAUGUCUGUUGAUGGAUUCUAUGUAGAGACUUUUUUGUGUACAAUUUAUGGAGUAAUAUGGUAUUGCUAUUUUAGAAAAACCAUAAAGAAAUUGCAGGCAAUCAAUUUAGAAGAAUGGCAUGUCAAUCUUAGAAAAAAGGAAAAGCUUAACUUUAUGACCAGUAAUGUUAAUCAAGGAUAAUAAUGCAAUAAAAUUAAUAUUUAUUAUUUAAAUUACAAAAUUUAAUUAUA